AUGGGUGGCAAAAUACCAGGGCUGCGGACGAGCUCCCCCUCGCUCCCAGCGACGCCAAACGCAGCAAACACCAAAUCUGCACGCUUCGAAAUUGAAGACGAGGACCUCGACGAGCUUGCCCACAGCAUUCCCGAUUCUUCGCCUUACUUCACUCAGCCUACACAAAUAGUCAAUCGCACGACGCAACCGACACAAAUCAUCAACAGAACCACACAGCCUACUCAGAUUGUCGAGAAGCGGACAACGCUCCAGCGCUCAUCUCCUCCGAUCCCGGACACCCCACGUACCGUGAUCGAAGUACCGGCGUCGUCGCCAUUCCAGACGCAAUCGGCGCAAAAAAGGCAAGCACCAAACCCGCCCAAAGCAGGGCCUGCACCAGGUCGACUGGCGUCUGCGAUGGCGCCGGCAGGCACAGUCUUCCGAGCGCCUGCUGCUGCACCGCGCCGACCUCAACCAGCUGUUAAGCGGCAGUUCCUCAGCAACAUCGCCUCUGACGAUGAUUUGGCCAACGAUUACAAGCGAUCCGACAGCUCAGAUGAUGAUCAAAAGCCAAUGAGGGGUGAAAUUAAGCCGUCUUCCUUUGUCAAGACGAGCGACAACAAAGACAUUGACCCCAAUGAGAUUCGCGAUAUUAGGCUACGCUAUCUCACUAGGCAAGUCCACAAGUGUGUUGUCAAGAGCAAUUCAAAGAUUACAUACCGACAAUGCCGGGACGCUUUACAGGACAAUGGCUUGCAAAUGGCCCCAGCCGUUGAAUCGUUACUGGAUGAAACCCGUACAAAACCAGCAGCUUCCACGGCCAGUUUUGGAUCAAGAUCGAAAACAAUAGCCAAUCAGUCGCAAUCAAAAUCUUGGACACAAACGAAACUGACAGGACCAUCCAAAUCUCGAGCCGGUUCGAGUUCACCACCGCCUUCACCCGAGCCGGCCAAGAAUGUUGCGCCUCGCAGACGCCUAGUCAAGGGCCGCAGAAAUCGAUCCGCUUCACCAGACAAGGUGUUCUCAGUCUCAUCGUCGCAUGUGACCUCAUCAGCAGCAACCUCGCCCGGCAGGUCAUCGCCAGACAAGCCUGGAAGAAUGGCAGCCCGCGCGAGUGCGUCGGGAGAUUCUCAGUCUCAGCAUGCCAAAAACCAACGCCAACGGGCCGCAGCCUCUGAAGUCAUCACUAUCGACUCCGGCUCUGAGUCUGACGAUGAUCUUCCAUCCCUCAGUAAUCUCGGCAGCAAAAAGCGCAAAUUGGUAUCUGCCUCUGAAAAGACGCCUCAAGCCAAAAAGCGUGGUCGGCUGGUCAGUCGCAAGGAAAAGUCGAUGAGCGAACCCAAGGUAGCAAAAACUACGCCGGUAGCAAAGGCUGCGCCGAAAGUGAUAGAGCUGUCGGACGGGAUGGAGACAGACGAGAGCGAACCUUUCCCCACGGAUAUUGACACGGACUCAGAUGCGUCUGGUGUCAGUGAGAUCCGUGGACCGCGUAAGGAGCACAGCAAGGUCCUCGAGUAUUUGAACACCUGCACGCCCGAGGCACUUGCAAGAAUGACAGGAAGCACAGUCAAGGACUCGCAGUUGAUCACCUCAAAGAGACUAUUCGAAAGUUUUGACGAGGUUGAGAAGAUCAAGACCAAGGGCUCAAAAGCCAAAUCCAAGCAAGGAAAUAUUGGCGAAAUCAUCAUCGACAAGCUGGACACCUGGUUCAAAGCAUUCGACGCUGUAACAACAGUCAUCAACAAGUGUAUUGAACGAGGUGAUCUAAUCAAGAACAUUAUGGACAAAUGGGAUAUGGACACAAAUGGAAAGCCCAAGUCAGACUCAACGCGAACAUACAAGGCACUGCCCAUUGCAGAGCGCCCUGCCCUUAUGGAUGAAAAUGUCCAACUCAAAUCGUACCAACUUUUUGGCCUCAACUGGAUGAGCCUCCUGCACAAGCUGGGAUAUAGCGCGAUCCUUGCUGAUGACAUGGGUCUCGGAAAGACUUGCCAAGUCAUAUCCCUGAUCUCUCAUCUCAUCGAUACUCAGCCUGAUGCGAGGCCUCAUCUCAUCAUGGUGCCUCCAAGUACCCUUGAAAACUGGGCCAAUGAAUUCGAGAGGUUCGCUCCCUCCAUCAGCCUCCAUAUUUACUCUGGGAACAAUCGACGAGACAUCGAUCCUCUAGAUAUCGCCGAAGAGUAUGACGUUGUGCUGACUUCGUAUUCCAUGGUCGAGAGGAAAGCAGAUGAUCUACAUUGGCUAUCUGAGCUGAAACCCCAAGUCGCAGUUUUUGACGAAGGUCAUAAGCUCAAGAACCCGAACACGAUUCUGUACCACCAUUUGUCCCGGCUGCCAUCGAAAUGGCGGCUAGUCCUCACCGGAACACCAGUUCAAAACAACCUGAAAGAGCUGCUAGGCCUCCUGAGUUUCGUCGAGCCUAGUCUAUUCGAAUCUGGCGUGUUACAAAAGAUGCAUACAAUCUUUGAAGCCAAGGUCCCGAACAAGGACAUUCUCAACUUCGCCGCCCUCGCAAAAGAGAGAGUCAGCAAUGCGCGUACCAUAAUGAAGCCGUUCAUUCUGCAACGACGUAAGGACGAGGUGAUAGGCCUUCCUAAGAGGACAGAUCAUGUUGAGUUGAUACCACUGGCCGGAAGUCAAAAGGUACUAUACGAGGGGAUCAAGGAUAGCUUUCUGGCAGGAAAGACCAAAGCCAGGGGCAACAAGGACAAGGGAAACCUGUGGCAGCAGCUUCGCAAAGCAGCGAUACACCCUCAGCUCUUUCGACGACAUUUUACAGACGAGAUGAUUAUUGAGCUGACGGACCUCCUAUGGAAAGCACCAAUCAUGCUACCCGUGCAGAGCAAGGAGCCACGGUUCAAGACCAAGUGGCGUGAGGAGCUGAUGGCCGAGUCAGAUUUCAGCUUGCAUCUCUUGUGCAAGGACUACCCCAAGUACUUGAGCCGCUUUGAUGUUGCUCACAAGUCUUGGGAAGAGGCACCCAAGGUCAAGAAGCUACUGGAAUUGAUUCGCAGCUAUCAAGCCAACGGAGACCGCUGUCUUGUCUUUUCCCGCUACGAAAUGGUCAUCGACAUACUCCGAGAGACACUGCAUUAUGCCGAGAUUCCGUAUUGCGAGUUGACUGGUAGAUCGGGUGUCGCCGAGCGUUUUCCCGAGAUUGAGCGAUUCAAUGAGAACUCGAACAUUCCAGUCUUUCUUCUCACGACAGGAGCAGGUGGCACGGGUCUCAAUUUGACUGCUGCCAAUAAGAUCAUUCUUUUCGAUCAAUCAGACAAUCCACAAGAAGAUGUGCAGGCUUCGAACCGAGCACACCGUAUCGGACAAACCCGCGAAGUCGAGGUUAUCCGCUUAAUCACCGAAAAGACGAUUGAGACAAUGAUCUUCAACUCUUGCAUCAAGAAGCUGACCCUUGCCGCCUCGGUAGAGGGUGUUGUUGAAGACGAGGAAAGUUUAGAGGAGGAAUGUCGCAAGAAGAUGCUUCUUGGGGAGGAAGAGGAGGUUGAGGUUCCUCCUUCGCAAGCAAUUGCAUUGUCCCAAGCAUGA